AUGGAAGAGGAAAAUCGCCGAUCGAGAAAACCGCAAAUUGUUGUGAGUUUGACAUUGAAUGUUGUUGUGACUUUCUUUCUCUCCGCUUCUCUCUCUAUCUCUCUCUCUCUCUCCGUAUCAAUAGUACACCACACUGACUCAUAGGCUCUUGUACAAAUACUGUCCAAAUUGGGUCAAAAAAAAGUUGCUGUAAUCAGUUUUGUGGCCUGCAAUGCUCUUCGCCCCUUGUUUUUCUUUCAGCUUCCUUUUUUCUCUUUCCUCCAACUGUCUCAAUAGUCGUUCGCUCUUUUCCGUCAGCUAGCUUUUUUUCCGAAAUGUUCGUUUCUGACUCCAUUUUGGUGUUGUUGUUGUUGUGGCCCACAUUUGACAUUCUGCAUCAACUCGAACGAAAAAAACGAAAAGAAACGAAAUCUACUUCAUUUGUUAUCGGCUUCUCUUUUUUUAAGUUGUUCUUUCUGUGAUGUGGCUAUUCUAUUCUAGUCAUAGACAACUAUCGCUUGCUUUUCGCCACUUUUCUUAUAUGGAUUUGCAUCUAUAUAAAUUGCUCAUUUUUUCAGCUUUGGUUGGAAGGAAGAUUCGAAAAUAUGAUGAAUGGACGGGCCGUAAGGUCCGUUCUUAUACGCAAUAAUCGACAAGAAAACGGGUCGGUUGAUCAUGUAAGUUAUAACGUUCCAAUAUUCGAGGAUAUUCCAUUUUAAAGUUUAUCUAUCUUCCAGGUACCUCGAUCAAUUCAAUUCGACGAAAGUUCGGAGGAAUACAGAUGUCUGUGCAACUGCUUUCACGUCAAAACGGGUGCAUUCAUCAUCGGAUGCGUUCAUGUUUUAAUGAUUCUCUUCUUCCUCAUUCACAGUCUUUUUGUGUACUUCCAACACGACGGAAGACUGCAACAGGUUCCUCAAAUCCAUCUCUUAACAUUCUCACUAAAUUUAUUCUUGCAGGCCCGUGGAGUAAAGGAAAACUACGUGUUUGGCUCGUUCCUCGCUGAAAUGAUUGGUCUCGGCCUCGGAAUAUUCGCAGUCUUCCUCCUCUUUGUUGCUCUGUCUCGAAACUCAGCUUUACUCGUCGUACCACAUCUUGUUAUGCAGGUAGGUUCUUGUUUUGGACCAAAAAAGAACAUAAUGGAAUCUGUUUUCUCUCUGCUUUUGAGAACCUACAAAAUUGAAAUCUCAUUUUGAGACUGGUUCGGAAAAAACAACGCACCAAUUACAGGUUAUUGCAAUCCUCUGCUUCAUUUUGGUGCUCGUCAGCGGAACGAUUGCGUUGUGCACGGACUCGGCAGUUUUUUAUCGGUUGAUAAAUGCAGCACCGUUCAUGGAACAUCCCAAUAAUAAUACAGUCGCCUUGGACACUGGUUAGAGCAGACCAUAAAAGAAAUCAACGGAAACCCCAAACUUUUCAGGAACAAUGGUUCGAAUCUACUCGCUGCUCAUUGUCUACGCAGUCUCCCUGGCCUUGGAGUUCUGGUUCGUCGUUGUGAUCUACAAUUGCAAUCGUUACCUGGACGAGCGGAGUGACUACAUGAAGUACUGCCUGGCAUUCAGCACUCCGAUGAAGACGCUCUCUGCCAGAUAG